UUCGUGGUAAAAACAGGAACAAGUCAUCGCUGUGAAUAGAUUAUGUCCGUAGUCCAAAAAGAUUUGAAGACUUCACAGGACUGCAACCAUCCCAGAGAGGUCACAUCUGCCUCAAUGAAAAAGUACAUCUUCCUCUGCAUCCUCAGCGUUCUAACGCUGGUUCCUCUUUACGUCUGGCUGAUAGGAUACUCGUCCCCAGCAGUUUCCUUGUCCGACAACUCUGAACAACGCCACGUGACCAUCCUGCUGUGGCACUGGAAUGCUAACCGUGCUAGGGCAAUCAGUCAGAACAUGUGUUGGGAACGUUUCAACAUCCCACACUGUAAAGUUAUGAUGCAGGAUACCUUGUACAUGAAAGCGGACGUGGUGGUGUUCCAUAACGUUGAGCUGGCAAAAGGACGGCUGAAACUGCCCCUGGAGCUCCCCAGGCCGCCGGGCCAGAGGUGGGCUUGGAUGUCCGUACAGUCAGCUAAUAACAACGGGAAUCUGCUGGGAGAAUAUGGAGGCGUGUUCAACCUCACCGUGAGCUACAGGAGGGACGCAGAUGUUAGCAUACCAUACGGUGGGUUUAUACCACGAGAGUCUGGAGAUCCAGUGGACGACAUCCCAAUGAAGAAAACUGAUCUGGUCUGCUGGGUGGUCAGCCACUACAAGGAUUCCUUCAGAAGAAGCCAAGUGUACAAAGAACUCAGCACGGUCAUUCCUGUAAAGGUCUAUGGACGCUGGUCAAAUAAUUCUCUUGAGCCUAAUGACCUUCUUCCUACAAUAUCUCGUUGCUACUUCUAUUUGGCCUUCGAGAACAGCAUCGCCAAAGAUUAUAUCACAGAGAAACUGUGGAUCAAUUCCUACCAAAGUGGGGCGGUGCCGGUCGUCCUGGGACCACCGGUGGAGGAAUACGAGGCUGUGGCGCCGCCUCACUCUUUCAUCCACGUCGACGAGUUUGCUUCGGUAAAAGAACUUGGCGAGUAUCUGCAGGAGCUGGCGGGCGACGCCAAGCGUUACGGCGAGUAUAUGCAAUGGAAGAAAGACUGGAAGGUGCAACCGUCCAUUAACAAGCAAUGGAGAUUGUGUCAGAUCUGCUUGCGGUACCCCAGCUUCCCUCCGCACAAAGUCUACACUGACCUGGCAGCCUGGGUUAAAACUUCUUAAAAACCACUAAAGUCCGACAUCAUCCAGUCCAAAUACAACAGUUUGGACAACGGUAUUGACUUGUAAACCAGUAAUCGAAAAUAGAUCACUGCAUAUGUGAUGGGACACAAGUAGGGGAUUUUAUUGUUUAUGUGUCAUUGCCAUGCAUGUUAGAGUGUUUUUAUUGUUGUGUAUUUUAAUUGCAUGUUUUUAUUGCUGUGGAAUUUGAUUGUAUUUUUAGUUGCAUGUUUUUACACUUUGUGGAUUUUGAUUGUAUUUUUAAUUGCAUGUUUUUACUCCUGGUGGACUUUGCUGGCAUUUGAAGACUUGCCCCUUUAAGCUUGUUGCCCCUGACAACCAAAGUGCCCAAUCAAACGGCACCUGAGAUCAGACGCACCUGUGGAGCAUUAGGACUGCACACAUUUAAAAGGGAAGGAAGAGCGACGGAAGGAAGAGCGACCAAAGGAAGAGCGACGGAAGGAAGCGCGACGGAAGGAGGAGGAAGCGACCGGAGAGUAUCGACAGGCUUUGCCAAGAGCGUCCGGGUGGACGCCCACAGGCUGGGAAGGAAUCCAGGACUACACAGCAGACCCCGCAAGCUACCGGAGUGAACCCCAAUAAGCCCACAACACGCAGGGGCAGAGGAAACUCUGCCUCCAAAGGAAGUGUCGUGGAUUGUGGAUAUGUGGGGGUGAUCAAACUGCCUUUGGCUGUGGGCUUGCGGGCUCGUGCGUUGUACGCUGGCUGCGUGGUCCUGUGGGCAGGAGCAAUCGGGACCCAGAGACCUGCGGUGACUCCCGGGCGCGACCAAGAGGCGGAGCGAGACGGGACGGGUACGGCCACGUAGGUCCAGCGAGUGACCGGCGACUGGCGAGGAGAG